AUGAUUCUGCAGAUGUUGGUGAAGAGGACAGCUUCUUGGGUCAGACUUCCGCCAGCCCCAAUCCACCACAGACUUUCAACUAUUUCUCUCAAGUACCUAGCAGCAGUGAUCCAUUCGGAAGCAUUGGGCAGGCACCCCUAACAACUGCACCUCCUGCUGGAUCACCAGCCUUCUCCAGGCCCCCAGCUUCACUUCCACUGGCCUCUGGGGCACAGGAUGGGCCCAGUGCCUUUCCCCCGCACAUUCCGAAGUCGCAGUCCUCUUACAGCACCCCACCUUCUUCACAGGGGGGGGUGGCAGCUUUCCAGACUCCUCAGCAGAGCUGCCCCCCGUCUGCAGGCGCCUCUGCUCUUCCCCCAGGAACAUCCCAGCAGGGCUAUAACCCCUACAGGCACACCACCCUGAGCAGCAGAGCUAACCCCUACCUCACCCCACCGCAGCUGCAGCAGAGUCCAGCCCCUGCUCACCCACCACCUACCGUGCCCCCUGUCCAGAUGUAUCAGACACCUCCGGGGUCACUGACACAGUUUCCACAGACUCCGUCACAGGUCCGAGCUCCCAGGCCGGCAGGUCCACUGGUCCAGGCACCUCCUGUUUUGCUGCAGAACCAGUAUGAGGUGGUGCAGCCACACUGGUUCUACUGUAAGGAGGUGGAGGACAAGCAGAUAUGGCUGCCCUUCAGCAUCCUGGACUCUGCAAAGCUGGAGGAAGUCUACAAUUCCGUCCAGCCUGACCCUGAGAGCGUGGUUCUGAGCACGGACGGGGGCCGCUACGACGUGUACCUGUACGACAGAGUGCGGAGGGCUGUGUACUGGGAAGAGGAGCCCUCGGAAGUGAGGCGCUGCACGUGGUUCUAUAAGGGGGACAAGGACAGCCGCUUUGUGCCUUACACCGAGGAUUUCAGUGAGAAGCUAGAGACAGAAUAUAAAAGGGCUGUGACAACAAACCAGUGGCAUCGGCGACUUGAAUUCCCAAAUGGGGAGACAAUCGUUAUGCAUAAUCCCAAGGUCAUAGUUCAGUUCCAGCCUUCUGCCACACAAGAUGAAUGGGGCACAACUCAAGAUGGUCAGGCAAGACCAAGGGUAGUGAAACGUGGGAUUGAUGAUGACCAUGAUGAAAUUCCUGAUGGAGAAAUGUCUCAAAUUGACCAUCUAGUAUUUAUGGUUCAUGGCAUAGGUCCUGUGUGUGACUUGAGAUUUAGAAGCAUCGUUGAAUGUGUUGAUGAUUUUAGGACUGUUUCUCUGAAGUUGUUGCAGACUCACUUUAAGAAGUCUUUAGAGGAACGUAAAGUGAGCAGGGUGGAAUUCCUCCCAGUUCACUGGCACAGUUCUCUGCAUGGAGAUGCAACAGGUGUAGACAGGAACAUAAAAAAAAUCACCUUGCCGAGCAUCGGGCGGCUGCGGCACUUCACCAACGAGACGCUGCUGGACAUCCUCUUCUACAACAGCCCCACCUACUGCCAGACCAUCGUGGACAAGGUGGGGCUGGAGAUGAACCGGCUCUACGCGCUCUUCAUGAGUCGCAACCCCGACUUCAGAGGAGGCGUCUCGGUGGCCGGGCACAGCCUAGGUUCCUUAAUUCUGUUUGACAUACUGUCUAACCAGAAGGACUUGGCUUCAUCAGUAAACACUGGCCCGUUCUCUGGUGUUAAUGGGACUGUGAAGGAUGGGGGUGUUCCUGAUAAACAGAUGACUGAAGAUACUAGUUCCUUGGGCUCCUCGAUUACUACUUCUGGUGAAGACCUUUGUGAGCCUGAAGUAGAUGAUGAUGUUCCUACUUUGCAGAAGACUCUGGAAAUGCUCAGUUUGGCAGAAUAUGCAAGCACCUUUGAAAAGGAGCGAAUUGACAUGGAGUCUCUGCUCAUGUGUACAGUUGAUGACCUGAAGGAAAUGGGCAUACCUCUUGGACCAAGAAAGAAAAUAGCUAAUUUUGUAAAAGACAGAGCAGCCAAGCAGGAACAAAAGAAAAUAAUAGCAGAAAAGAAAGCAGUGCUGGCUGCCACACUCCAAACUCAGGAAGAUGCCCAGAAAGGAAAAGAGAACAUGACUUCCAUCUCCCCUUCAGAGUCUGGUCAGCUGCACUCAAAGAGGAAGCUUCCAGUUGGUGCAUCUGUUUCUUCUGUGAACAUUGACUAUGAGUACUUUGAAGUUGGCACUGGCCAGGUCUCUGUGGUUUACAGUGCACUGGACUUUGAACCAGAUAUUUUCUUUGCUCUUGGUUCUCCUAUUGGUGUGUUCCUUACUGUGAGAGGUGUGGAGAAGAUUGAUGAAAACUACAGGCUUCCUACCUGCAAGGGAUUCUUCAAUAUCUAUCAUCCACUUGAUCCAGUAGCUUACAGGUUAGAACCAAUGAUUAUUGAAGACAUGGAUUUAAAACCAGUUCUCAUUCCACAUCAUAAAGGCAGAAAAAGACUACACCUGGAGUUGAAAGACUCCUUGUCUCGCAUGGGAUCUGACCUGAAGCAAGGCUUUAUUAGCUCUUUGAAGAGUGCAUGGCAGACCCUUAACGAAUUUGCACGUGCUCAUACAUCAUCAACCCAGCUGCAAGCAGAACUGGAGAAAGUAGCUAACCAAAUUAAAGAGGAAGAAGAAAAGCAAGUGGUAGAAGCUGAAAAGAUCACUGAAAGUCCAGACCCUCCAAAAGAUGAAGAUUUUUCAGUGAAGGUUGGAAUGCUAAAUGGAGGACGUCGUAUUGAUUAUGUUCUACAAGAAAAACCAAUAGAAAGCUUCAAUGAAUACCUUUUUGCUUUACAGAGUCAUUUGUGCUACUGGGGAUCUGAAGACACUGCCUUGCUCUUUCUCAAGGAAAUAUACAAGACCAUGAAUAUCAAUCCCGAGCAGCCACAGCAUUGA